AUGCCGUCCGAGCUCAGGGACAAGAACAACGAGCCCAUCAACGUGGGCGACCAUGUUUUUGCUCGCGCUCGCGGAGGCAUCCAUGAGGGAGACGUGGAGAAGAUCGUGACCUCAAAGGAGGAUGCCGAAAAGGAAGGAGUGAAGCACCCGCCCAAAGUGCUGUACACCGAUCAACACGGCCAUCAUGUGCAGCACAACCCUGGAGUGCUGCAGCAUGGCGAGUACAAAAAGUGA